AUGUGUAUAAAAUUUAUUUCAUUAGCUGCUCUUUCUGAUGCAUCGUCUCAAGAAGAGGAGGAAGGUUCAAAUAUUCAGCCACUUAAAGAGAUUGAAUCUUUUCCUUAUACUAAAUCACUUCCACCUAGUGAAGAUUCAGAUGCUGCAUUUAGAGAAAAGUUGAAAAAUAUGGGGAAAUUAUCUCGGAAAAAGUUUGCUCAGUUGGCCAGAUUAUUUUCUCGCCGAAAAAGACGUACUUUCAGGCCUAUACUUGGAGAUGGUACAAAUCCAUCUAGAGAUAAUUUAUUAUUACAUGAAGAGGAAUAUUCUGAAUUAUCGGAAGAAGAAUCAGAAAGUGAAGUAAGCAAGAAAGACACUUGGAAUAGUCAUGCAGGAGGUGAAUGUGAAAGAGUGAAAACCCCAGAAUAACUAAAUUUUCUUUAACACAAAAGAGUCAAGUUUGUUUAUUUCUGUCUCAUUCUUUUUCACAGAUAUUUAAUAAAAAGUUCCUUCUGCACUGAUUGCAGAUAGCAUGAAACCAUACAGUUUGUGUGUUCAAAUUAAAUGCAAGUAAUAAACAGUAAACUUAGUAUUAAAUUUUUUAUAUAUGAUUAUUACUAUUUUAUUAUUAUUAAAAAUAUGUUUUCAGUU